UAGAUCGUAACAGUAUAUGAUUUGUUUCAGCAACAUAGAGUGUCAUACGGGUGUCAUAGCAUACCGCGUCGGCUUAACUCUGCAGCAAGUGAAUAUCGCGGAUAUCGACUUUGUCACUGAGGUUUAACCAGCAAUCAGAGCAGCAGUGAAGCUAUCAUGGAAAGUCGAAGCCUUGUGUGUCUGGUUUUUGUGAUUCUGCCGUGCUCUUUCCUGGUGAACUGUAAAGUGCUGGAACCUGUGAGGACCCGCAGGGUAGGUCGAGCUGCCCCGUCCUUGCCUAAGGUGAACACAACUGAGCGCUUAAAGGAGCUAAGACAGAAGAUGCAACAAGAAGGCGUUCAGGCCUACAUCAUUCCCUCUGUUGACCAACACAUGAGCGGAUAUGUUGCCCCACACUUUCAACGACGCCAAUACAUAUCUGGUUUUACCGGCUCAAGUGGUGAUGCAGUCGUUACAUUGACGAAGGCUGCAAUGUGGACUGAUGGUCGCUACUUCCUUCAAGCCACCAUGCAAAUGGAUGAUAACUGGACGUUGAUGAAACAGGGUCUGGCAGGUACCCCAACACAAGCCGAAUGGUUGUCACAGGAACUUUCCAGCGAUGAAAAAGUUGGAGUUGAUGCAAACCUCAUUUCCAUUGGUAAUUACGAGGACAUGACCAAGGAGCUUCAAAAGUCAAACAUUACAGUGAAAUCGAUUUCUGAAAAUCUUGUUGACUUGAUAUGGACUGAGGGUAGACCAGCUUUGAGCAACGCUACGAUCUACCCGCUGGAAAUGAAAUUCACAGGAAAGGCAUGGUCUGACAAAAUAAAAGAUCUUCGAAACGAGAUGACUGCAAAUGAUGCGACGGCGGUUAUUGUGUACCAGCUUGAUGAGGUUGCCUGGCUGUUGAACUUGAGAGGGGCGGACGUGCCUUCAAGCCCUUUCUUUUUCGCUUUCGUUAUCGUUACUCCAAGCCACAUCAAGGUUUACAUUGAAGAAGAGAGGUUAACUCCCGCAGCAAAGACGCAAUUAAAUGUUGCUACACUACAACCUUACAACAUGUCCAUUUUUCUGGGGGACAUAAAAACCGAAGCAGCUAAAAGUGAUGCGAAAAUUUGGCUAAGUCCUUUAUCCGGUUACGCCAUGAAAGAAGCAAUUCCUCAGGACAAUUUAUUGCUGAUGGACUCGCCCAUAGCACUGCCGAAAUCUAUUAAAAAUCCCACAGAGAUUGAAGGAAUGAAGAAUGCUUAUCUCAAGGACAAUACAGCGAUGCUGGAGUUUUUUUACUGGCUUAAAAAUGAGGUCUCUAAAGGAAGUAAGGACCUAACAGAAAUGUCUGCAGUAAAGAAACUGGAAGAAUUUAAAAGUAAACAAGUUGACUACAUGGGUCAUAGUUUUGAUACCAUCGCAGGUUUUGGUCCCAAUGGAGCUAUUAUUCAUUACAGGCCAGAAGAAAGCACAAACUUACAGAUUACCGAUCAAAGUACCUUCCUCGUUGACAGUGGAUCCCAGUUGAAAGAUGGAACAACAGAUACAACUCGUACAGUCCACUUUGGAACACCAACAGCCCAAGAAAAGGAUGCCUACACCCGUGUUUUGAAGGGUCAGAUCGCACUAGCACUGACUAUAUUUCCAAACAAUACGCAAGGUCGUUUCUUAGACACAAUCGCGCGCAGAGAAUUGUGGCAAAAUGGCCUGGACUACAGGCAUGGGACGGGGCACGGUAUUGGCAUGUUUCUCGGUGUACAUGAAGGACCACAGAGAAUAACCGUCGGCUGCCCGAGAGCAUAUGAAAAACCAAUCGUUCCUGGAAUGUUUCAAUCAGAUGAGCCCGGAUAUUACGAAGAUGGUAAAUUCGGCAUCAGACUUGAAACUGUGGUCAUGGCAGUCCCCGCGAAGACACAAAACUCCUUCAAUGACAAGCAGUAUGUGACAUUUGAAGCAGUGUCCUUUCUACCGUACUGGAAGAGUUUGAUCGACUUGGAUAUCAUGACUCCCACUGAGAUUGAAUGGCUCAACAACUACCAUAAGCAAUGCCGGGAGAAGAUUGGCAAUAUGUUAAAAGACCAGGACAAAACCGACGUGUACAAUUGGUUGGUCGAGUUAACUGAGCCAGUUGGCAAAAAAGGACGGAUACCGGCAGCAGGAGCCAGGUCGCUUGCAGUGUCUGCUGUGAUCACGCUUUUUGCAGCCCUUGGGUUGUUUCUUCACAUGUGAGAUACAACUUAUCUCUGGUCGUUUUUAGAGUGCUGAGUGGUAGAAUGAAUGUCAUAGAAGCUGAUGUAAUCUUUUAAAGUGUCAAGUGUAUUGAUAAUCUGUACUUUAUGAAAGUUGUCGUAGGUGUUGUAAAACUACAGUGCCUCAUUGACGGCGAUCUCGAUCUAGUUUUCCAGCUCAUUUCUGUAGUGUUUUUCUUCUAAAGUAAUGGGUUUUUAAAGUACUAUUAUUUGAGUCAUACCGGAAAAAUCUCGGCCUCGAUAUAUACUACGGGUUGAGACAAAAAAAGUUGUCACUUUUGUUCGUUGUUAGGUUUUAACGUUCAUCAUAUUUUUAUUUUGAAAUUUGAGGGCAUCCUUUUCUAGCCCAUGCCGUAACCAUAACUGCUGUUUAAAACCUUAUUACGCUCUAAAUAAAGGAAAAUAAUCAUA